GUGCAGUUUUACUGAGGCCUUAAGUGGUACCUACAUGAUGCAGUGACAUCGGCUUUGCCCGCUGCGGAGACUCAACUUUUUGCGAACUGAACUUUGGCAGAUGUCUGUCUCGUUGUGUUGCGAGGAUUAAACAAGGGGGUGAAUCAUCGACAACGGGAUUCAUGGUAUCAGCUUUCAGCAGAAUUGAAUACCUAACUACCUACCUACCCUAGGUACCUACCGAGGCACCCAAAGUACCGACUCUACCUGAAUCUAAGAUCAUCUGGUUUUUAUGAGUUGGGAUUGAUUUCUGCUGGGGAAGUUUAGCCACAUUAGCCUUGUAAAUCUACAAAUCGCCGCCAGCUACGGAUACCAUUCAAUACCCCAGGCACGGGGCCAUUUUGGAGGCGUAGUGCUCGUCUAUGCCUGAUGCUGGAGUGCAUGAAAAUUCAAUACUCCGUACAGCACCGGCAGUCUGCAUCUACAAAUUGCGAAUAGGUCGGGCGAUUCCUAUAUGGAAGGAGCGGGAUCCAACCAGACUUGGAAGAAGGAAGGAGGGAGAGAAUCAAACCAGACCGUGGGAGGAGAAGAAGAAGAAAAAGAGAAAAAAAAAAGGAAAAAGGAAAAGAAGGCUCCAUACUGCUCAUCAAUCCCCCAACUUGCUGCUACAAUAUACAGCCUGAGUACCCUACCCUAUCACUUAUUGCAGAACACCGGCAAGCAUGAUGCGGCAUCACGAUGACGACGACGUCCUCGGGGACCUGGAAAUAUCUUCAGCCGGGUCUCGUAACGAUCAUGCACCUGUCUAUCGCAUCCCAACCAGGACUGUCUCGGCUAUUGAGCAUCCCAUGGUGAUCAAGGAUCACGACAAGGCCAUCAAGACAUUCGGCAGCAAUUUCAACUUCGCUGCUGUCCUUGACCACGAAAGUGCUCAAUUAUCGGUGCCAUUGUACCCCCGCUACGACAAUCCUGUGGUGCGGCCCAUAAUAUCUCACAAUGCGCCAUCGCAUAAUGUCCUACUCAAAAUCGAAGUCCCUUGUAGGACCGGCAGGAAGCGGAAAAGAGGCAGUGACGGUUAUUGGCUCGAGCCAGGGGCUGAGGGAGCAGAACCAUCGCACAUAACUGGAGAGUCGAGACGGCCUCGCAUUAUGUCGCAGAAAGGGCUUGAUGAGCCCAACAUGCUCCAACGGAAGCUGCAAGAUAACAUCGGCAAGUACAAAGUCGAGGCCGUGGGGCUUAUCAGGAACACACAUCGGUAUAGAGGGCUGGUCGACUAUCAGUAUUCGACAGUGAAUGCUCCGUUUAUGAAUAACAUCAUAGACAAGGUCCUUCCUGGCGAUGUCUCUCAAAUGCGGAAAUUCACCAUGGAGACAGGGACUUCAAAUCCCCCAAACGUAGAAAUCGUGCCACCACCAGUGUUCAGUCACAUGAACCUGCCGUUCCACUACAACUACGCCCAAAACCCGUACGUCCGCACCGUGCACAGGGAGGGCGGCGCAACCACAAUCAAUCUUACUGCCCGCGCCAACCAUGCGGGCUACUUUAUUGCUCAUGAUACAUAUCCGGCUCCCAGCGCUCCCUCGCGGAGUCCCAAUGUCAAAGAUCCACAGAUGGCUGCUGCUAUAGUUGAACUAAGCUUGGCCUUUGACGAACGUCCAAUCUGGACGCGACGCUCACUAACAAAUCGUCUUGCAGCGUCUGCGCGGUCCGGUGAGUUUAGUGAAAACAUCAUCAAGCAUGCAAUGCCAUUCUUUGCCUACCAGUUCAAAGGUGGACCAUGGCGUGACGCUGUGGUUCGGUAUGGUGUUGAUCCCCGUACCGACCCGGAAUGCCGAAUAUACCAGACCUUGAUGUUCAAAACUCGUCGUGCCGAAGCAGGCAACCCGGAUCAGCAAUGGGCUUCGGUGCGUAGAUCCGAGGCUUCAACUCGCAAAUGGCGGAGGGCGCCGACCCUCAACGCCGGUGGCCCCAAGAAUGGCGAUAAUGAUGCAAACAGCCACAUAUUUGACGGUCAAACAUUCUGCACCGACGGAAAAGUCUGGCAGGUCUGUGACAUUACGGAUCCCCUCCUGGUCAAGAUAUUUGCCAAUGCCCAGAUUCGAUCCGAAUGUGAGGUUUCUGGGAGUGGAUGGUAUCGUCGUGGCCUGUGGGCUAAAGCUCGUGCUAUCAUGAAGUGUAAGAUGCUGGCCAUUGCCUUUGGACGGACCUUAUCCGAUCAGGAUUUCACUCCAGCUUUGGCUUUGGACGAUGGCACUCCAGAGCCAACCCCCGCGUCAGGCCAGCCCGUCUCAGGCGCAGCAAACGUGCGCCUUGCCCACGUCAAUGUGCCGCUACCUGAUUUGAAGCUUACGGAAGCGGAGAUGGCGGUCAUCCGCGGCCAUGGGCAGUCCCGCUUUAGCACGGCGGCUCGGAAGCGUAAAAAGACCAGCCAUGGCUUCUCGUAUCGUGUGCCGCUCAUCAACGCGCGCAGUAGUGCACUCGGCAAGACCACUACCUCGUCAGGCGCUGCAACGCCAAGUCAGAUGCCUGCGGGAGACUCGGCCGAAUCCGGAGGACCGGAUACUCCUCUUCGUUCUGUUGAGGAUGUCAUCAAUGAAGAUGAUGAUGAAGAGGAUGAUGAAGGCGACGAGGAGGGCGAAGGUGACGAGGAGGGUGAAGGCGACGAAGAUGGCGAAGAUGAAGAUGGUUACUUCCUGAACCGGGAUCAGUUCAGUCGUGAUAAAACAGGUGACGUUGCCUCGGAUUCCCCCUUUCCGAAUCAGCAGCGAACUGUAAGGUUUGAUCUGCCCAACCAAGGCAACAAGGCUAGGCACGGGAGUGUUGGGCCUGCUCAUCACGACAACACUGCAGGAAGCACCAUCAAGGAAAUGGACUCUGGAGAUCACGAGGAUGACGAAGAAAUCGAGGAGGCCGAUGGUUACAUGGACUCAAACCGAGAAGAACGGGAGUUAUAUGGUGACGAGUUUGCAACUGACUACGAGGAGGAGCGAGGCUUCAGCAGUGCUGAGGAUUACUGAAGGCUGAUCUUUUCCGAGAAAGCUUCGGAGUCGUUCGAAGAUAAAUACACAAGAAGCCGUUGCCUCGUGUGUUUCGUAUUCGAAAGGAAUAUCAAGUGGAUUUGGACACACAUUUGCCAUACAGUCUAGGUCACCGUCCGCAGCUGGCCAGGAAAAUAACAAAACCAGCCCGGAGCAUUGCCCAGCACAAGCCAUCGUAACCAAGAACACAAAACUCACUACCGGCGCAAAGAUGGCAAGGAAUAAUAUCUAAACAAUACAACCUCUUAUAUCAGGACUGGACUGCGCUCCAGAUGUGCUGGUGUUCAAAAGGAAAAAAAGCACAAUCAUUGUGCCUGUGUUACCUUGCUCUUGCUCGCCUUCUGCUCCACCAUGGCCUUGACCCAACCUUCGACGUCACGCAGGGCUUUGCGUGGCCACUUUCUGCGCUUGAGCAAGAAGCCCUGGAUCUCGGCUGGCGACAGCUGACCCGAGACGAUUUUGGAGCCAAAUUCGGCCGCUAUCCUGCUCAGCUCGUCCGCAUCGGUGAUGGGAGUCUCCGAAUCAUCCUUUCCGUCUAUAGCAUCUUGUUUACCGAGGAAAAGCCGAGUCUCCUUUUGCGGCUGAAGGUCUGUAAACGGCGGGGACUUGGUGCUCUGGUCGGGGGUGUACAUUCGCUGGAACAGCUCGCUGGCCUGCUCCUGCGUCGCGUUGCUAAAGGCCACCUGCAGGUCGACGCGGCCUGGGCGGAUGAGGGCGUCGUCGAGCGACUCGGGUCUGUUGGUCGUCAUGAUGAGCACGCGGCCCUCGUGUGACGCCACGCCGUCUAUGGCGUUGAGUAGACCGGACAGGGAUAUGCCCUUUUGCUCGCCGUCGCUGCCCCUGCCCCCCUUGAGGGCGCGGGCCAGAUCCGUUACCUUCCACUCGUUUGGUCCGCUGGGCGGGGAAGUCGCGUUGCUGCCGGUCGUGGUCGUCGUCUUGGUGUUUGUCCUGACCGAGUGCCCGAUCUUUUCCUCGGUCCUGGUCAGGCCGGCCGUGUCAAUAUCCUCCAGCAGGACGACGCACCUCCUCGGAAGGCAGUUGAAGAGGUUCGAUAGGUCCUCCUCGCUCAGCUGCGGCUCCAGCAGGCUAACAACGUAUAUAUCGAGCCCAAAGACGCCGGCCAGCGCAAACGAGAGCGACGUCUUGCCCGUGCCCGGAGGGCCAUGGAACAGGUAGCCCCUGCGCAGCGGGAUGCCGCGGUUCGCGUACCAGCGCGGCGUCUCGGGCUGCAGGUACUCGUUCAUGUCGGAUAGCACGGCCGUCUUUUGCUUCUGGUCGAGCACUACCGUAUUCAUGGGACGGACGGGGCGGUUCGCAACCGAAGUCCACGAGUGUCGGCCGUGUCGCCGGAUCAGAGAGCUGUUGGGUCGCUUUAUCAGCGUUUUUGCGUAGUGGUCUUUGUAGUAGUGCUCCCGGGCGUGGGCGAGGAGCUCCUUGAUUGGUUCUAAUUGUUAAGGAGGAAAAAUAUGGGCUUUUCGUCAGUUUGCUACCCUAGGCAUGCUUUUCCAUAUACCAAAAUCAGGAACAUAAUGGAAGAAAUAAACCUUACCUGGGGAAAGUCCAAAACAUGAAAUAACCAUGGUCUCUUUGUCCCUAAUGGUAACGGCC